AUGGAAUCCAUCGCUGCUGCACCUGUAGAAGACGUCCAAGUUUCAAAGACCCCUGCUGAAAUUGUUGCUCAAGUGUUGCCGAAAUCAAAAUUUCUUCAAAAUAUUGGCCUUCAACUAGCAGCCCCCAAGAGAAGCUCCAAAGCCAUUAAUGAUGCACGGGUUAUAGAACUUGAAAUAGAAGUUGCAGCUGGAAAGCAAGACAAAGAAGAACUAAAGGAUGAGAUGGAGACUUUGAAGAAGAAGGUGGAGGAAUCAGAAAAUGAAAGAUGCAGGCUGUUAGAAGAGACAGAGCAGUUGAAGAAGGCACAAGAUGAGUUGAAGAAAGCACAAGACGAGACGAAUGCUUUCUUUCAUCGCAUGUUCAGCAAAGAGUAA